CAUCGAUGGCCAUCCAUGGUCUCAAAAUCGCCUUUCGGCAACGCCCGCCACACCGCCGUAAAGCGCCGCGUCGCCUCGCCGCGAUUCCACGCGCCACACCGCCGCAAAGCGAGCACUCGCGACAACAUGGCGCCGCGCGGCCCGCCUCGGUGUAUCCCGGCGCGCCCCGCGCUCGGCGGCGUUGUGCCUCGGUGUAUCCCAGCAUGCCCCGCGCCGCCGCCGCGCCAUUCCCGGCAGUCCCCGCGCCGCCCUCAGCAGCCGCCGCCGCCGCCGCUCCGGUCCCGGAUCGCCCCCGCGCGCCGAGUGAGGAAAUGCACGGGCGGCUCAAGCUCCGCCCCCCGGACGCGGCGCGGCGCCGGCAGCGCGAGGAGAAACUGAGGCACUACCGGGAGAGCAUGGAGCGCCUGCUGCAGGGGGCGCCGCCCACCCGGGUGUUAUCCCUGACUGGAACUGGGGUGCGCUGUCCCUGACGGGGCUCCGUGCUGGCCGCCAAUCCCGACGUGGGCACCUGCUGGAACCUGCGCCGCCGGGCCCUGGCUGCACUGGGAGGGGACUGGGUGCCCUCGGAGCUGUCGUUCGUGGGCCAGUGCCUGGGGGUGAACCCCAAAUCCUACGGGGCGUGGCACCACCGGGGCUGGGUGCUGGGCCGCGCCGCGGCGCCCCCUGCUGGCCGGGAGGACCUGGCGCUGUGCGAGCGCCUCCUGGCGGCCGACCCCCGCAACUUCCACGCCUGGGAGCACCGGCGGGCUCUGCGGCCGGCCAGGACCCCCGAGGCCGAGCUGGCCUUCGCCGGGGCCCUGCUGAGCCGCGACUUCUCCAACUUCUCGGCCUGGCACCACCGGCUGCGGCUGCUGGCGCCCGCCCGGAGCCGCGGGCGGCGCGAGGCCGGGGCGCUGCCCCCCGAGCGGCUGAAGGGAGAGCUGGAGCUGGUGCAGAAUGCCGUCUUUACCGACCCCACGGACCAAAGCGCCUGGGUGUACCUGCGCUGCAUCCUCUCCCGAGCCCCACCACCCCCGAGGGUCAUCUGUGUCCACGUGGACCGCGAGGACGCAACGCUGGCCGUCGUCUUCUCCCGGCUUGUCAAGGUGAACCCGGAGUGCCCAGAGCUGACGGCGACCCUGGAUGGCUCCGCCCUGGCCGGGCCCUGGCGCUCGGCGGAGGGGCGGCCACGCCCCAGCCACACCUGGCUCUGCGACCUCCCUGCCCCGCCCACCGAGGGCCCCGCCCGCGUGGAGGUCACCUGGGCGCCUGACUCCGCCCCCCACGAGGUGACGCUGCUGCCAGGUGAGGCCGAGGCUUGGUGGCAGGAGCCAAUAGUGGAGAGGGAGCUGUUCUGGCCGGAGCUGGGCGUGGCCGACGCUCAGGUGCUGCAGGAGCAGGUGCAGAUGUGCCAGGAGCUGCUGGAGCUCGAGCCCCAGAGCCGCGGCUGUUUGCUGACCCUGGCCCUGCUGCUGGCGGCGCUGGAGCCUCGGGGCCGCGCCCGGGAGAUCCGGGAGCACCUGGAGAACCUGCGGGCCGCUGACCCGCUGCGCUCCGGCUUCGUGGCCGACGUCCGGUCCCGCUUCGAGGCCGCGCUGGCCGUACUGGGAGCGGGGGAGGGGCUGAGCCUGGCCGACAAGGGCCUGACCAGCGUGCCCCUGGUGGAGCGCAUGGCGGCGCUGACCCGGCUGGAGCUGCGCGGGAACGAGCUGAGAGCAGUGCCCGGGGGGCUGGGAGCGCUGCGGAGGCUGCGGGAACUGGACCUCUCCGACAAUCACGUGACCGAGGUGGGCGUGGCCCCGCCCCUCCCCCGCCUGUGGCUGCUGCGGCUGGACCGGAACCCCAUUGGCCACGCCCCCGCUCUCGCCCCAUUGGCCGCCUGGCCCCGCCUCACCCGCCUGGGAUUGGCUGAGACCCCGCUGGGCUCCGCCCCCUCUGGCCCCGCCCACCUGGCCGAGCUGCUCCCCGGCGUUGACGUCACCUUCACCUGAUUGGCUGCUGCCUCCAGUGCUUGGCCACGCCCCCUCACUGUGGCCACGCCCCCCCCGGUGUCAGCGUGAGCGCUUCCGGGUUCGGCCCCGCCCCUUCCGGCCUUCAAUAAAGUGAGAUCCCAG